CCGGCCGCCGCGGGGCGAGGGUCCCCUUUUGUGAGUCACCCGCGCCCGGCGCCGGCGGGGAGCGCAGAUGCGGGGGCGCGGGCUCACCUAUGGGACUGUCCAAAAGCAAACCCAAACCCAGCAAAGGUGAAGAGCCGAGGACCGAGCCCAGCAGGGGGGGCCGCCCACUCGGCCCCGAAGUCCAGGGUGCAGCUGAUGGAGAGGCAGCCCCGGGACGCCCCGCAGCCGCACUCGGGGAGCCACCGGCGGGGGACAGGGGCGGCCGCGCCGCAAAGGCCUUCCUCCUCCUCAGAAGAGAAAUCAGAUGCUGUGAAGGAAAAGUCCAGCAAGAAAAAAGUUGUCAUCCCGCAAAUCGUCAUCACACGAGCCUCCACGGAGACGCUAGCCAGCCAAAGUUCCCUGGAAAUGGAACAGAGAACCAUCCGCGAGCACGCUGACUGGGGCCCCUACUGCCGACACAGGAACCCCAGCACCGCAGACGCAUAUAACACAGAGGCCAGAGAAUAAAGGAGCGCUGCAUGGAGUAGCUGUCCUUAUUCCGCUGCAGGGGCCCCUCCAGCGCAGACCCCUUUGGCGGUGGCGGCUGUGCAGGCGUGAGGGACAGAAGGCCACGGCGAAACCUCUCGGCCCCCAUCACGUCUGGAGCUCGGCUGUGAGCACCUGGAACUUGGAAAAAGGUUGGCUUCUGAGGCUCACCCUGGAGAUGCCACAUUGCACGAGAGAGAAGUGCAAAGUUGCCCAAAAGGGCCCAACUCUGCCGCCUGUGACCUGCUGCAGUGAUGACAGGACCAGCAGAGCAGGGACAGGUGCCGGGGAGGCGGGGCCCGGGCAGGCUCUCCACCUGGCCGGGCAGUCUCGGGCUGCCAGCUCUCCUCCAGGGGCCACUGGAGAAACCACCGUGGCCUGUCCAAGGCCAGGGCCUGGCCGGGGCAGUGUGUCCUUAGCUCCAUGAGCUGACAGACUGUGGGCAGGGCAGGCAUCUUCUGAGAGGUGAGGCCAGUGUGGGUGACAACUGGGCGGUGCAGCCCCAGGAUUCGCCCACUGGGGUCAUGAGCACCAGCCUCUGGGGUGCUGGCGGGGUGGGGUGGGGGUCUGAGCUGUGACCUGACUCCCAGGCCACCCACCGCAGUCCGCUGGCCAUGGGUUCUGGUACAGACGGAUAUACAGCUUUUAACUGAAAUAAUGACUUUGAAAAAGAUGAUUUUUCAAAAUCAAAAAAGCUUAGCGUGAAGACCUGAUUUUUAAAAAUACUUUAAUGUGU